CCUGCCAGUGCAGGCUGAGGGCCAGGCUGCAGCACUGAGUCAGGUUGCCCAAUACCCAUGGAUGCCUAAGCUACUACCGUACUAGGCAAUGCUGUUGGCAGCAUGAUGUGCAGAACAGUUUAUGCGAAGACGGCAUUCUGGUGUCCACUGUUGAGGAAGGAAGAGGUGUGCUGAGCAGAAGCUUGCACCUGCAUUACUUGUAGGUGGCACUUCGAGUUGCGCCCAAAGAACUGCAUCAACGAUCUGCAGGGUUGCCUUUUUUUGGUUUUGCUGGGAAAAUAAGAGCUGGUGGGACAAUGUCUGCAGAUUUAUACAGCAAUGCUAUCCGCAGGGCGCUUAUCCCAGCUGACCAGGCAGAAGCGCUUGCUCAGAUACCAGGCUGGGGCCCAGCGCAGUAUGGCGAUGAUUUCACCCCACUAGAUGCAGAAGAGGACACUGUGCCUGUCGAACAGGCAGACCUCGGUGUGCAGCAAGAAGAUGCAUCGGGCCUCAAGGAUUCAGUUGAAGAUGAGAUCCAGGCGACUGGCGGCUUCUUGGAUCUCCAGGAGCCGGCCCGCUUCACUUCACAAGAUGAAGACUUGGACAGUCCUAACCGAGCUGACAGCUACAAUGAAGCAUUUGAGGAUGGGACGGAAGAAGCGGCUCCUGUUGAGAGUCAACCACCUGCAGCGGAUCCUGCCGCCUCUGCCCCCGACGCGAGGUUCGAUGAGUUUCAGCCAAUGACCCAAGACCCAGGGUUCGAUUCGCUGCUGCCCUUCCUGGCCGAAACAGCUCCACAGGGUCUGACUCAGGAGAGAGAGGACGAGUCCGCCUCAGGCGACGAACCAGAAGAAGCUGCAGAGGUCUUGGACCGCCCGUCGGAGCAACCGACUCCUGAGAACGAGGACAAAGUUGAGGCCACUGAGGAGGCUGUGCAGCAAGUAGAAGAGGAUGGGGUUGAGGAGAAGGGACAGGAUACCGGCCCUGAAAUAAGGGCGAAACCAGCAGAGCUUGUAAAAUCUGUAGAAGAAGAAGAAGGGCCGGUGGCUGAAGAACAACGAGAAGAGGAGGACGAGGAAGUGUUUCAAGAUGCGGUCGCGGAACCGGCGUCAAGCCAGGAGACAGCUUCAAGGCUAGGCAGGAACAGGGAACGGAAGAAGGCCGUGAACGGGUCAAAGUCGGGGGUGUCGGGGGACGUCCGGGUAGAAAAGCAGCCAGCCCCCGCAGACGCCCCCGCCUCCCUGCGUCCCUCCGCCCGAACCGCGGCCAUCUCAAAGCGAGUCCAUGCCGCGGCCAAGGCUGCGGAGGCGGCUCGGGAGUCGUCUGCCCGGGUGGGCACGUCUUCUGCCUUCACCGCCGCCACCGCACUCAGCAAGAACGUCGCGCAACUCUCCGACUCCACCCAGCAUGCGCGCCCGACCACCAGGAGCGGCAGAGCUGGUACUGCCGUGAGUCACGCGCUGACGUCGGGCGGGCGGCCCGCCGAAGCGGCGGGAAGCGAGAGGGCGGAGCUGCCUGAGUUGGCCGAUCGGAAGUUGCCAGAAGCUGGGAGGGGAGCCUUCGAGAAUUUUACCGUGCGAGAAACUCGGUCCAGGAAGAAGGCGGCGGAGGGCGAAGCGGAACGCCCGGAAGGACCAGCGGGUCAGGCAAUGGAACCCGCAGGGGUGACGUUACAGCCGAACUUCGACGUCAGCCCUUACGGCCGUUCCGCUUUGGAGGGACCAGCGGGCCCGGCGACGGAUUCCGCAGGGGUGACGUUACAACCAAACACUGACGCCAACGAAGCCUGCGAAGAACCUGUUGCGGACAAGGGGAGCUUGGAAAGAGGGGGUACGGCAGUCAGCGGAGCAGACCGUAAAGGGGAAGGGGGAACGGAAAGCGCGGUGCAAGGGGCACGGGACGAGCCAGAAGAAGCGGGAACGGCAGAGGCGGCGGAGGCCGACGUCCCUUCUGAGGCGCCAGAGAAGCACGGGGUGGCCCUGUCGCUUGAUGGGGCCACAGGCGGGCAGGAAGCGAUUGGCAGCGGGGCUGAGGCACCCCGGCGAAAAGCAGACGAAGCCGGUGGAGCAUCAGACCAGCGAUCUCGUUUUGAACCGGAUGCAGCGGCACCAAGCACCAGUCGAUCGGAUGGCAAAGAGGCUCAUUGGAGCCAAGAGGACGAGGAUUUUUCGGAUGACAUUGAAGCGCAUCCGCAGGUUGAAAAGCAAAGCGAGGCAACAACCCAACAUCGAGACGGCGCAAAUGGAGCCGUGCAUUCCGAAGAAGCGGCCGACGAACAAGACGAGGAUACUGUCAGCGCUGAGGCGCACGGUGACCCACGGAAAGCGUGGCAAGUAUUGGAGGGGACGGUACAAGGGGAAAGCUUGAAGCGGCGAUUACCGGAGAUGACAAUGUCAGAGUUUCGCACACGACAGAGCUUCCCAAGCGACUUUGUCGAGCUCGUCAGUCUUUGGCCAAGAAGGGAGCUUAAGCAGCAGCCAGUUUCGCUUCUUACGAUGUCUGUCGAUGCCGGCAUUUGGAGUCCGCCCCCCUUUUAUCGAGGGAAGCGGCCUCGACUACGAUGAAACUUUGACUCAAAGCUGUUGAGCUUUGCAAAGGACCAGAUUUAAAAGGUCUUAUUUUUGCAUUGGGCCAAAUAAAGCAUAUUGUUCUGAGCAGAUCCGUUACUAACUUCACUGUUGUACGUCCAUGCAGCUUAGCCCGAUGCUACUAGCAAUCGAAUCUGUUGAUCGUGCUUUCCACAUAACUGUGGCCACCCGCCGCAACUCUAAACAGACGCGCGGGAAACCCGAC